AGCCUUGUGUGAGGCUCAUCAGCUUCCGUUGGAUGCUAAAUGUAUCGUCCAUGGCAUGCCGUUGGGCGGCUUUGUGGGCUCUAAGUGCUCUUGCCCUGGGCAUUCGCAUCUCAGAUGACGACACCCAGGCGAAAGAGGCCGCUGUGGGCGUUUGCCCACCGGCAUGGCCACUUGAGGAGCACAUAAGCACCUACCAGGCCAACGCCUCCACAUUUCAGGAGGUGGCUCUUUUCCAGGAGUGGAAGCUGUCGCACCAUAUAGACUGCAGUGACCCCGUGGGUUCUGCCACGGUGCUGCCGGAAAUGGACCCGGAGAACCCGGUCCGGGACUCCAAGGUGUUGAUCAACAUCAAGCUGGAGGAGCAGGACAGAACGGGACAGCUUUUCCUCUGCUCUUCGCAGCAGCGGUGCUACGCGGAGAUCCGAUUGAAGAGGCGAGAACGCCGCCUAGUUGAUAGUCUGUCAAGUGUCUUGAAUUACGACACCAUCAAGUCGUUUCACACUCUGCCGCCGCAGGUCUGCGCCAUCUUCGAGUUCAUGGUGCUGCUCACGCUGGCAAUCCUGCUGGCCGUUGCGCUGUGGCUGAUGUAUCUCCUUUAUGAGGCAUUCAAGGAGGAGAGUUCGCGGCCCUGGGGCUUCACGACGGACAGGGACAAGAGCGAUCCCCAGCUGCGGCUGCCGAAGCCGGCGGACAUUAUGUUCCAGGCGUUUGUGGAUGUGCUUUUCUUCGUGAUUGGCUGUGGGCUCUUCGUCUUGGAAGGCGAGCGCUUCUUUCGGACCUACCGUGACCUUAGCAACACUGGCUUCGUGCUUGUGCUCGCUUUUCCUCUGGUCUUCGGCUGUGCGGGGGUGCUUCGCAUCUUUUUGGCGGCUUCGCGCUGUCACUUGUACUACGAAAGUUUACGCCAUGGCAUGCUCCUGAAGCUUCAGGAGGUGCAAUUCUGGAGGGACUACUUGUUGCUUUGGUUUUGGGUCGGUGUCAUCAUCACCGUCGGACAGGCAGCCCAGGUAGUUUUCUGGGACCGCAACAAUAUGUGGGAGGACCUGAAGGCACUGCUGGUCUUCUCCUCGCCACUGUACUACAUGAUAUCCUCCAUGCUGGACAUCCAGCACGCCGAGAGUCAGGCGCUGCAACGCCACUGCAUCCUUGCGCUGGAAGGAAUCUCCAAGGACAAGCCAGUCGAAAUCGGCGUGCGAAAGGACAUUGAGCCAAUCGAGGAGCCCUCCUUCGUGGCCAUGGCCAGGCAGCGGAAGGACUUCGCAGAGACGCCGCCUGAGGCCUCAGGCAGCCAGCUGAACGUCACUGACCUGCGCUGGGUGGGAUUCGUGUCUUUGAAGUCAAGCGGCGCCAAUCGCAUCAUGCUGCUCCUCUUCAACCCCUUGCUGCUUUGCACCUUGCUCUGCUUGGCCGGGCUCAGCUGCUCUGUGUGCUUUCGCACAAUCACCUCCAAGCCAGAACUGUUGAACCUCCGGCUCAUCGGCGGAAGCACCACCAAAAGCUUUAGGCCAAGCCUUCAUCACUACCAGGUUUUAGCGCUGAAGAGCCAACGGCUGCUGGGUGUGUCGGCAGAGGUGAACCCCACGGAGAUCAGCCGCCUCUCCAUGCACCAGCACUCGAUGCCACUGGCCAGUACAACGGGUGCCAGCUUGGCGGAGGCCGUCAGCCUGGAGGAGGACAUUUAUCCGGUCCAAGUGGAUGUGAAUGUGGAGGAUACUGCCAGCACAACUGAGUACAGGGUGCAGGUGUUGAAGUACGGGGUCCUACCAGAGUCGAUUACCUUCUCCGGCACCACAAAGUCCGGAAAGAAGUUCCAUCGCUGCGUCCCAUGGGGCUACCUGUGGAGCGCCAACCCCCUGUGGGUGCCUGAAGGUCUCAAGAGUUUGGAGGCGAGCCUCCACUACUCCCACUAUGUGAUAGCGCUGCCCUGGUCCAAGCCCCACGAGGAUCGGUUCACGACGACCUUCAUGCCGAACACGACAAAGGAUGAUUGCGAGCGGCAAUACCUGAGACUCCACACUGCAACAGCCCAGCACUCAUCGACUGGUGGCUGCUUCAAGGUUACGCAGCCCUCCUGGAGAAUGUGCGGGCAGACCAGUGGGAAAGCGACUGACGAUUUUCUGAAGAUGCUGUCCGGCACCAUCCACGGCGCCAUUUGCGUGAGACAUUGGCAAGCCGAAGGCGAGUGCCAGCAACUGGAGAACGCGGGGGCAUCAGUGCUCACCACCAAGAACACGUCCAAGUUCCUGCCCAGACCUUACGAGGAUAGCUGGGAGGAGGGCCACUUCAGCGUGCAGCUCGACAUGAUGGUGGAGAACACGAUGUUCAGAAUCCUGGACUCAAGAAGUUUGUACUCACCCAUGCAGGGCAUUACCCUCACCUAUCAGCCCCUCACCAGCUAUCAGCUGUUCCACAUAGCGGCGUUCAGUCCAGGCGUGAAGGUUCGCAGCGGCGGAUGGGACCCCGAGAUCAGCGACCACGACUCCUACAACGGCCAGUGGCGCCUGAAGGUCUACGACUCCCCCCGCUUCAAGCAGGCUGAGACGAUGGCGAUCUACAUCUUUUCGACCGACCUGGAUUGCUAUGUAUCAUCCCUCAAGGUGCUCGCCUUGAAGCGCACUUGGAAUCUGGAGCCAGCGCCCGUCACAGAUGCAGUGUGCGACCUGGACAGCGCCGCCGAGGUGUGCGAUGACGGCUGGAAACCUACCCGCGGCUUCCAACUGCCCCUGCAGCUGUUCAGGGACGAGUUGAGCGCGUCGGGGAUGCACCCACUUCAGCUGAGGGCCAAGAGGGUGUGUGAGUCCAUGGAGGGCAUAGAGGAUCCAAAGCUUGCCCCGAAAUUAUGGAUAAAAAUGACGUUCGUCUACCACCCGGAGAUGCAACUCUCUGUGAUGAACGCCUUAGCUCCGAACGCGUCAUACAAUCUCUUCGCCUGCGAAGAGAACCAGUGCAGAAUUGACCUCCAGAGGAGGACAGCGCCACCACAGAAGUUCUCGCUUCAGCUCCUGGCCCAACUGGGACCCGAGCACGUCCUGGAUCUGAACCCGUACCAGGAGGCAAACUUUAAGGUGCUGGACAUUGACCAGGAGCUCUGCAAAAUCACCCGGGUGUCAAGGGUCAAGGCCUGCGGUGGCAAGCUCAACGCCAUGUUGCUGGAAGUGCCGCUAGAUUUCCUUCCUGAUGGACUGAUUGUCACCCGCAUCAAAACCUGGAUCAGAAGUAACAGGUUCUGGAGCCCCUAUCCCAUGAUACUCGAAAUCAGGAUCUUCAACUGAGCCGCUUGCAGCGGAUGCGGCAACGUUUGGUGGCCACAGGGGCCAUAAGGCGGUCAGGGCCAAGCCACUUGUUCCAUGGCAUCUUUUUUGUUUGGUGGGAUCCCCACUACAAAAGGUUUUCCAACCCUAGAGACGGGUUGCUGCUGCUAUCAUUCGAGGCAAUGGGCAGCUGACAAUUGGCCAUGGCCAAGUUCCAAGUUGUUCCGAACGGUCCCAUGGCUGACAUGCCCAGGACCCUUGUUGAUUUGCUCCUGACCCUCCCACUGCUCGCCACGGACGACAUGCGAACGGCCAA